AUGAUUGAAAUAGGAGGAAAAUUAGAUAGUAUUAACAUUAAAUCAGAAAGUGACAAUGAUAAUUAUGUUUUUAGUAGGGAUAAUAAAUUUAAUAAAAAUAAUGCCAAUAAUAGAAAUAAUAAUAAGAAUUUAAACAUCCAAAGUACUUCUAAUAAGAAUGAGAUUAAUAGUAACUAUAAUAGACCUAAUUAUUAUUCGAGGCAAAAUUUUGACAGUAGGAAUAGAAAUUAUGGUGAUAACAAUUUUAGUAAUAUUAACGACAACAGGAAUAGGAAUUUUAGUAACGUUAGAAACAAUAACAAUUAUAAUAAUAACUAUAGAAGUAAUCAGUAUAAUGAUAGUAACUAUCAAAAUGGCAAUUAUCGGUAUAACAAUAGCAACAGAAACUUUCAUAAUAAUAAUCAUCAAUCUUAUAACAACAACUAUGAGGCGUCCAGUUUAUCUGGCUUUAAACGAGUCCUUCUCUCCUCAAAGGCCCUACCAGCAGCUGAAAACGCCCUUUCACUGCUAGCCGACGAAGCAGGGAUAGCCAGGAAUUUAAGAGCUAAAAUACUUAAAUUUGGAAACUCAUAA